AUGGACUCAAUCAAUGACACGUUUUAUCAUAAAGAUCAACGACUUUUGCAAAAGCAGAGAAAAUGCAAAAGUUUUCAGCGUUCAUGGAAUACAGAAGUGAUUUGCCUUAAUACAUCUAAUGAAUUGGAUUUAACAAGAAAUUUGGAAAAAAAGAAUGAAAAUUAUUGUGUAAAUACAGAAAAACUUCCGGUUGUUGAAAAAACAAUGAAAGAAAAUGAGAUUCAUGAGUUAUUGAAUGAGCUUUCGUUAAAACCAGCAAGAAAAAAGAUGAGCGAUUAUAAAUUUUGGAAUACUCAGCCAGUAUGCUCAUUUGAUGAAGAAAUCAGUGAAGAAGGACCAAUAGAUGAUAGCAAGGAUCUUGAAAAAGUUAGAAAAGAGCCAUAUCCACUCUUAAAAGAAUUUGAGUGGGUUACUUUAGAUGUAGAUGAUGAAGAAGACUUAAAAAAUCUAUAUCAACUUCUUGCAAAAAACUACGUUGAAGAUGAUGAUUCGAUGUUUAGAUUCGAUUAUUCAGAGUUGUUUUUAAAAUGGGCUAUAAAACCUCCUGGAUUUCAUAAAAACUGGCAUAUUGGAGUACGUGUGGCUGCAUCAAAAAAAUUAGUUGCUUUUGUUUCAGGAAUACCUAUUUCCUUACGUGUCAAAGAUCGUGUUAUUAAAUGUAGUGAGAUAAACUUUUUAUGUAUACAUAAAAAACUUAGAUCAAAACGGUUAACACCUAUUUUGAUAAAGGAAAUAACUAGACGAUGUAAUCUUUCAGGAACUUGGCAAGCUAUUUACACUGCAGGAGUUAUACUUCCUAGCCCUAUAUCAUCAUGUCAAUAUUAUCAUCGUAGUCUCAAUUGGCAAAAGUUAUAUACAGUAGGGUUUUCUCCUUUACCUAAAAACUCUACAAUAGCUCGACAAAUUCAAAAGUUUAAGUUGCCAAAUGAGACAUCAACCCCUGGUUUGAGGCCUAUAACAGUUCAUGAUCUUGAACAGGUUUCAGAAUUAUUGAGAUCUUUUCUAAAAAAAUUUGAACUUUCUCAAAUAUUUUCGAACGAUGAAGUAAAGCAUUGGUUAAUUCCAAGAGAAAACCAAAAUGAUGAGGAAGCUACAAUAUUUUCAUAUGUUAUUGAAAACCCAUCAACAGGAAAAAUAACAGACUUUUUUUCCUUUUAUUCCCUCCCUUCUAACAUUAUUACAGACACGAAAUAUAAAACUCUUAAUGCAGCAUAUCUUUUUUAUUAUGCACUAGAAUCCGGUAUUAAGAAAGAUAUGAACCAAACUGAACAUAAAAUAUAUAUUGAUAGAUUAAAUCUUAUAAUGAAAGAUUGUUUAAUUAUUGCAAAAAACAAAAAAUUCGAUGUUUUUAAUGCAUUAACACUAAUGGAUAAUCCAUUUUUCCUUGAAAAUCAAAAAUUUGGUCCAGGAGAUGGAAAAUUGAAUUAUUAUCUAUUUAAUUACCGCUCAAAAUACAUAAAUCCAGGAAUAACUAGAACAGGAAAACUAGAUGUCGAAAAUGGAUCAUCAAUAGCUGUUGUUAUGUUGUAA